AUCAAGAAGCGAGCUCAAAGAAAUUACUGGUUCAUACUGGCUCGUGAUCAGGAUAUUAGAUAUCUAACAUCUCGUCACACUGAUAAGUCUAACCGGUUUUAUUAAUUCUCAGCGAACUGGAAGUAGCCUGUAUUUGUAAUAAGGAAAAUUCUGAUGCGUCUCAGAUGUGAAAUUUUCUCCAUAAUUUUCAAUAACCGAAGUUUGAACCUGCUAGAAACAUUAAGGGUUAACACUAUAGUGAUUAUGCAUAUUGGCGCUAAUCUGAAUUUGCUGUAAGCAAAUAUAUUUAAAAAGUCAAACAAUUAGCAGUAAUUUCAAGCCAAAUGUAACAACCUAAGAUCUUUAUUACUCUAAAAGCGAUGAGCUAUAAAGGAAAGAUUACAGAUAAUUUGGAAGAAAAUGUGGAACACAAAACCCAAGCCCAGAAAAAGGAAUCUGAAGAAAUCCAAACAGCUUUUGAGCAUAAUGCGGCAGUAAGCAGACAGGUUGAUUCCAAAGCAUGGCUCAGUCUAUUUGGCUUGAAAAAGAAUAAUAUCGACAAGCUAUCUGUAUUACAGAAUAUUGGGUUUCUGAUGAAGGAAGAUUAUGAUCGCUGUUUAGGGAAGUAUGUUAAAUCCUCCUAUGGAGACGGCUUAUUUGUGAGAAUAAGAAACGAUAGGACUGGGGAUGUUUAUAACGUUACGGCUAGAAGAAGUUAUAUAAAGCAGCUGAAGAUAAGAAUUAUGCAAGCUGUCGAUUUAUAUAAAAGUCGUCUUACUUGGUUGACAUCAGGAUGCAGAUCCGUUUUCGGUGUAUUACAGGAACAUUCAGCAAUUUUUCUCAUAGAUAUUAAAACACAAUCCACUGAAAUAUUCUCGAAUUUCAUAAGGUCUUUCAAGCAUCUUAUUACCGGCCAGAUCGCAAAUAUGAAGAUGUUCAAUGUGAUUAGAUGUCAGGAUAAACCUUUUUCGUUUUCAGACAAAUUAGUAAUUGUUGACGACUGUUCUUUAAGAAACUUGCUAGAAUGGGCCAGAAAAAUAGAACGGUUGACGGCUUUUAGUGUGAACUGUACUUCUGAAUGCCUAUCUAGGAUAAAUAAAUUAAAAAUGAAUUUUGAGGCAAUAUAUCUUAUUACUGAAGGCGAAUCUUCUAUGACAGCACCAGGGUUACUUGAAAGUGUUGUUAAAAGUUUGAAAUACCCUCUUCAUAUUGUUUCUUAUCGUUGUGAAAGUAUGAAAACAAUAGAAUAUUUGCAUAACUUGUGCGCAUAUACUGGAGGACGAUUUCAUGCUUAUUGUGUCAACAUGCAUAUUCCAUUAUAUUCACCAAGUUGUUGGGAUGCAGAACAGUUUCAACAAUCACUUCAGGUGAAUACAAUUGAAUACGGUGGUCCCCCCAAAGGGUGGGGUCAACAAGAAGAUUGUAUAUUAAUAUUUGAAGAAUUAGAAGAAGCUCGAUCUAUAUUACAACGAAUUGAACAAGUACUGCGUGAUUUUGAGUCUACACCAAACUCCAUAAUUCAAGAAAACAAUAAUUUCAGUUCAAAAAAUAGUCAACAUACAUCUAUUACGCAUAAUUAUGAUGAAUAUGGCUGGAAACGUGAAGAGCAUAUGUCAUCAAAGGAAUGGUUAACUAUUCAUGGUUUAAAAGCUCAACGCUUAGAUUUCUAUGAUUUACUGGCCAGUAUUUCAUUUAAACACUGUGAUGGUGUAGUAAAUGUUUUAAAGCCUCCAGCAGAAUAUGAUAAGACUAAAAAUCUAUUUAUCACUACAAGAUCAGAAGAUGAUGAUGAUAUAAACAGACGAGAUGAGGAUUUCGAGAUAAGCAGUCAGCCAGAAACAAAAGUUAAAAAUUCAUCAGCAAUUUGGACAUCUGACGCAAUUGUCCAACCAAGGCUAAUCAAUGCACAAUAUUGUAGUAAUUUUGUACAUGUUCGCGCAAAAGAUGGUACUAUAGUACAUGUACAAGUUACACAAGAGCUCUAUAGAUCAUAUUCACGACGUAUGCAAUCUAGACUAAAUGCUAUAAGGCAUCGUUUGAAUUUUUUAAGACAAGGAUCAAGGGAACUAUUUGGAACAAUAACAGAAGAUGAUGUGUAUGUCUUAAUUGAUACUAGUACAUCAAUGUUGUCAUGUAUCGAAUUUGUCAAGGAAAAGUUACUUCAAUUAAUAUAUGAACAGUUGAAGUAUAAAAACCGUUUGAAUUUAAUAGCUUUUAACUCAAUUAUCAAUGCAUGGAGUAGUCAUUUGCAAAGCACUACAGAAGGCAAUUUAAAAUCUGCAAUGAAAUGGAUUGAAAAGUUAACUUGUGGUGGUUCUACAAAUACACUGAGAGCUCUUCAGUUUGCUUUAGAAGAUAAUUUAACACAAGGAAUUUAUUUACUCACUGAUGGUAGACCUGAUCAAGAACCACAAAAAAUACUACUCAGCAUGCAUUUAAAUCAUCGUAUUCCAAUACAUACUAUAAGUUUCAAUUGUAAUGAUACUGAGGCGAAUGAAUUCCUCAUACAAUUAGCUCAAGAAAGUGGUGGACGAUUUCAUUACUAUAACAGAUUUCCAAAUGAUUUAAAUAGACCAGAACAAUGGGAGAGUGAAGAUAUUCGACGGUUAGAAAAUGAAUAUCAACUUGGUUUGGAUAAUUUGGAGAAAUUAGCCCAAUUGAGAGACGAAUGUCAUUUAUUACGUAUGAAAUCAACUAGGAAUAACAACAAAGAACCAACACCACUGAGGAAGAAAUCAUCUUCAAAAUGCUUUUCUUACACUUCAAACACAGACACAACAAAUUCAAUAAAGGAUUCAAUAUCUUCUAUAAAACCAAAACAAUCCAGGCGGAAAUUGUGUACCGCUACUCAGUCUACUCAUAAUAGCAAUAGUAGUAGCCGAAGAAAGUGUUUAAGUCCGACAAUUGAUACUAUUAAUGAAAGAGGUUCACAAAACUUUACAACUAGAAAACAGUCUAUAAGAAAGAUUUUCAGUGACUCAUGCUAUCCGAAUCUGCAUAAUUUAUCCGUAAAGUCACGAGAUGACGAUGAUUUCUUACUGUAUGAAACUAAACAACUAUUGGACCGACAAACACAACGGUACAAUGAAGCCAUACGAGAGGAAAUAUUAAUCAGUGAAAGGCAAGAGGAAGAAGCUAAUUUAAACGAACCUUCAAGAAGGCUUUACACAAUCUCAGAAUGGUUAUCUCAGCAUAGUUUGGCAAACGAAAAGGUUCGAUUCAAUGAUCUGUUGAAGUCAUUCACUGUUCGCCUACGUCCUAAGUAUAUACCAGCAUUAGGUCAUCAUGUUGUCUCAGAGGUAUUAAAACAAACAUUGCCUGUUGCAUAUGUAAGUAUGUCAAAGUCCUCAAAAUCCCCAGAAAUUUGUUUAAUGAAUCCACUAGCUAUUAAUGUUGGACAAUAUGAAAAGAAGUUAACCAGUGUAUUAUUCACAAUUGAAAAAAAAUUAAUUGAAAUAGUUUUUCAAUAUCUGGACAAUGAAUCUUUAGCUAAAUUACGCAAAAAUGUACAUCUUGAUAUAUAUAAAAAAUGGCAUUCAAAACUCUGUUGGUAUCAAGAUCAUUCAUGCAUAGUGAAUACGUUUGAAGCAGCUAAUUGGCCAUUCCCUCAUGAUGAAUUUUUAUUACUUACGAAGGAACUUGACCUGGGACAGAAAUAUUUUAAUCAAGCAAGAAAGUUGAAAAGUAAACAAAAAUCUAAUAAUUCCUACAAAAUACCAGUAAAAAACGGUGAUUCUCCAUCACCUAGUCAUGCACCAUGUGGCCAUGCAUAUCGAUUACAUCACUGAAUAAUAAUAAUAAUAAUAAUAGAAAUGAAUAGAUCGUGUCAAUUAACCAACUUUCUUUCUUAGGCUAUCGCAAAUUAUUCCUAUUAUGCUCAAUGUUAAUAACGCUAAAUUUAUUUUCAUUUCAUUUUAUUUUCUAAAUAGCAUAAACAUUAUCUACAGAUAAAUGUGAGCUUAUUGGUUAAUAUUUUGUUGAGAAUAUUCCCCUGUUCACUGAUUGGUUGAGUUUUGUUUUGUUUGAAUGUUACUCUUUUAUCCUUUGUUUCUUAUUGUAUUUUUUUGUAGAAAAAUCAUUGCAUUAUUUCAUUCACAGUAUAGAUUGAAUUAUUGUUUACAAAAAAUUUUGUUUUUCAAAAUAUACAUAUAAAUGUGCAUAUAUUUCAAUUGUCUUAUAGCGAUUAGUAGUAUUGUCAUUAUUAUGACAAUUAGUUUGAUCAUACACCCAAUUUACUGUCCAGUGUCUAUAUGAAGAAUCAGAUUCCCAUUUUAAAAACUAAAUCGCGACCUAUGAUUCACACAGUUCAAGGUGAAAUUUCACCACAGUUCCGUUUGGAUGGCCAUAUAUGAUAUGCUUAUUACCACAAAUGUUGACUGAGAAUCCAAGUAUAAAUGUAUGAUACUAUAUUAUUACUGAUUGAUUGAAAGUGAUUGAAGUAACAACAUGCUUAUCGAUUUUUUUAGUCAUGAUUA